AUUCACCUGUAAAUGUAAACCAGAUCAGGAAAAGGAUAACUCAUUAAAAGCGAGAGGAAUUGUAGUCCAGAACAUGGUCAGGUUGAGGCGGAGCUAGUCUACGAGGAAAAUUUUCGCCUUUAAUUAGUCCACACCCGAUGGCGCUCGAGCACCAAUCAACCGCGACCUUUGGCCUUGUCAACUACCCGAAUUCAACCAAUGGCAUUGUGAAGGCGCGCGACCAGCACGCGACCAGUGCACGCGAGGGACUAGGGAUAACGGUAUCAUUUAUUUGUUAUUGUUGACUAGAUAAUCGAUGAGAGAUGAACAUGAGAGAGAUGCAAGAGUCCUUUAUGUUACAACCAGGCCGUGUGAGCGCAUUGCAGUCCCUGGAAAAUGUCCCUAAAGUUGCCGCUUUUUAUCAUUGCAAAAAAGACUUACUGGACAGCAAACGACAGAAACCUGUAGCUAUGUCUCGUAGAAACGCGCGUGAAAGAAGGCGCGUGAAAAUGAUUAAUAACGGAUAUGAAACUCUGCGGCAUCAUGUUCCGGCUGGAGUGGACAAUAAGAAAUUAAGUAAAGUGGAAACGCUGCGUUCAGCAGUGGAUUAUAUUAAAUAUCUACAGAACCUCCUCCAGUCCGAAAACUCGGUCCCACCUAGCUCAACAGAAACCACAACAAUGACCGAAAAACCUUACAAUUCAUUUAAUUCAAACUCUGUAACAGUCAAAGAAGAAAACACUUUUGAAAAGAGAUGCUGUUCUGUGCAGGAUGCGGAAGAUACGUUACCUCCCUUACAAAGGUUUCCGGUGCAGGAGGAAGGGAUGUUCGUGGACAUUGCCCAGUGGUUGUAUCAAAACUCAGAGCCAAUUAAAGAUAGUACCAGCAUCCGCUUAAAAGGUAUGGACAACAAUAUCCAACAAUCAGACUUUGAUAUGCAAAACAUCUUAUGAAAAAGGAGUUUUUC